CUAGUUGAGCGACCGCUGGGGCUCUUUAUCCGCAGGCAAACUUUGCGGCUCCAGACCGGUUUAAUAGCAGAGUACUGGGCGGAAGCUACAGGGAACAGCAGUGCAGCGUUGCUGGAGUGAGAACUGAUACACAGGACUUUGACUCAGGAACUCUGUUUUCCAUUCGUGCACAACUGAAGCCGGAGCUAGCAGCUUUGCUGUCCCCAGGCAUGAAUUACGCACGGUUUCUCACGGCCACGAGCUUGGCCAGACGGCCUUCUCCCAUCAGAGUCAUGGCUGAAAUAUUGGGCAGGGCACCAAAAUCACUCAUCUCCUUGGCUCCUGGAUACCCAAAUCCAAGCAUGUUCCCCUUCAAGAGCGCUGUUAUCACUGCAGAAGAUGGAAUCACCAUCCGAUUUGAAGAAGAGACGAUGAACAGAGCACUUCAGUAUUCUCAAAGUGCUGGAAUUCCAGAGCUUCUGUCCUGGCUAAAACAACUGCAAGUUAAAUUACAUAAUCCUCCCACCCUCAACUACCCACCCGAUCGGGGACAGAUGGACAUCUGUGUCACAUCUGGCAGCCAGGACGGGCUGUGCAAGGCAUUUGAAAUGAUCAUUAACCCUGGGGAUAAUAUCCUCGUGAAUGAACCUGUUUAUUCAGGAACACUUCAAGCUCUGCUACCCCUGGGAUGCAACAUCAUUAAUGUUGCCAGUGAUGAAUAUGGGAUGAUUCCAGCCUCCCUCAAAGAAGUCCUUUCCCAAUGGAAACCAGAAGAUGCAAAGAAUCCUAAGAAGAACACUCCCAAGUUCCUUUACACUGUCCCAAAUGGCAACAACCCUACUGGAAACUCAUUAACAGGCGACCGCAAAAAGGAAAUCUAUGAGCUUGGAAGAAAAUAUGACUUUCUUAUAAUAGAAGAUGAUCCUUACUAUUUUCUCCAGUUCAACAAGCCCUGGGUACCAACGUUUCUGUCCAUGGAUGUUGACGGGCGCGUCAUCAGAGCCGAUUCUUUCUCAAAAGUCCUCUCUUCUGGAUUGAGAGUGGGGUUUCUAACUGGCCCCAAGCCCUUGAUAGAAAGAGUUGUUUUACACACCCAAGUGUCAUCAUUGCACACCAGCACUUUUACACAGCUUAUGAUAUACCAGCUUCUACACCAAUGGGGACAAGAUGGUUUCCUAACUCACAUAGACAGGGUUAUUCAUUUCUAUAGGAACCAGAGGGAUGCAGCACUGGCAGCUGCAGACAAGUGGCUAAGCGGUUUGGCAGAAUGGCAUGUUCCCACUGCUGGGAUGUUUCUGUGGAUUAAAGUUAAGGGCAUUUCUGAUGUAAAAGAACUGAUUGAAGAAAAAGCCAUUGAGAAAGAGGUGUUACUGGUUCCAGGAAAUGGUUUCUACUCCAACAGCUCUGCUCCCAGCCCUUACCUGAGAGCUUCCUUCUCCAUAGUUUCUCCAGAACAGAUGGAUGUGGCUUUCCAGAGAUUAGCUGAACUUAUAAAAGAAUCUUUGUGAAGAAAACUGAUCACACUAUUUAGACUUUUUAGUUUUUAGAUAAAUGAUCCCUAUCUAGGUGAAGGAAAUCAUUGUGUGUUAGCCUUACAGGUUGGAUCUCAUCAAGCAUGUCCUAUCUGUGGUAGCUGAACUACACAAGCUCUAAAGUACUUUCUAUGUCAGCUUGUCCAAUAUAUUUGUAAUCUAUUGGUGUGUUUUGAUAAAUGUUCUACAUGUAUAAAACUAUAUCUUGGAUUUUAUUGUAAAGAACUUUAUACUUGCUUUAUAAUUUUAAAUAUCCUCUCACAAAUUUUCUUAGAAACUAGAAUUUUACACAAAAUUAUUUUGUAAAUUUAAGAAAAUGGUUAAGUUAAACAUAGUAUGUAAUAUGUAUCUUUUCUGUUUUUAGGAAAAUUUAAUAGAGCUUAUUUCAAAUGUUGUUGUAAUUUGACCCUAUAAAUGAUUUUUAGUAAGUUUCCCAAAGCCAUGUUGCUAUACCUCAUAAAUCUCUUUAAAAUAAAAUUCUAAAAACAAAGGUACUUAAAGCAUCAGAGAUAUUAAUAUUAAUUAAGCACCCAGUGCUUCUAAAGGUCCCUGGAAAUCUAACUUGGAUUCCACUUGUGACACCAGUCUUUUCAGAAGGAAAAAAAAACCUUAAAGGUAAAUUUAUUAGGGUUUAAUCAAGCACAGAAAAUAAAGUUUCAUGAACUAGGUAGUACUUAGGACCAACGGCAGUGUAGAGAGAUCCAAGUGGAUAGGAAAUAUCUAUACCCAGACAAUCAAAGUGACAUACAGAAGCACCCUGAUUGGUAAUAGUUCAGCAUUUGCUUUAUUUGGACUUAUUUUGGUAGUCUUCAACCUGUGCUUAGCUGAAAGCUGGCCUGCUAUCAUUGGCCAAGACUCACUGACUUGUCACAAGAAUAUACUCUCCAGCUACCUUGUAGUUUGUUCACAUAUUAAGUUAGUUACAGUUCACAAUAUAUGGAAGUAGCCUUGGGCCAAAUGUAACAGAACAAUGUCCUUUAAUACAGUCUUUUUGUUCCUCCAAAAAUGCUGUAUGACAAUUCUUGGUAAUGUGUUGUUAACCAGGGAAGCUCUUUGAGCCUGAGAGUCCAUGGUUUUUAUCGGAGGCAAGUUACAUAUGCACACAGUGCCUGCCUACUCUUCCUCAGUUCUGAAAUGGCAACACACAGCAAAAGCAGGUGUUCACCAAAAAUCACAUUGUUAGGAUUAACUACAGUUGCUUCAUGGGAGACUGACUCCAAGAUCCAUCUCUGAAUACCCAAAUCUAUGGAUAUUUAAGUCUUCUAUGUAAAACAGCAUAAUAUUUGUAUGUCAUCUAUGUAUAUCUCUUAUGUUCAUAAAACCAUCUCUAAAUUGCUUACAACACCUAAUACAAUGUAAUUCUACUUAAGUGGAAUUGUUUGGGGAAUAAUGGCCAAGGAAAAAGUCUAGGGAUUUGCCAAGAUGACAUAAUUUACAGACAUUCACCAUUGCAUAUAUCCGUGUGAAAAUGAAACAGCCUAGAUAACUGUCCACAAUAACUUUCAUUCAAGUGCUUAAACUUGACCCUGUUCCUUUUACCUGUAAUUCUUAUUCACCCUCCAGGGUUCAGCCAAACUGCCACUUUUUGUUUGUUUGUUUUACCUGUUAAUCAUCAGUUUAUUUAUUUAUUAACACUUUAUAUAAAAAUACUAAUAAUUCCCAGGUACCUCUCAACACCCUUCUCUAGCAUUAAUAAGUUAUAUUAGUCUGUUUGUCACAAUGAGCAAACCUAACCCAGCACCCCCUACUUUUAAAUCCAACCUCCUAUCCCUCUCAGCUGUCCAAGUUGUAUUUUUAAAAGGACCUUGCCCAGAGCCCCAGACCAGGUUAUGACCUUUGGUUACUGGAUCAUACAGCACCUGAUCUCUUUUCCCUUGAAACACUUUCCACAAUAAAAAGGAUAAUCAUUCCUCAAAAUCCUCUGGGAAUUAAUCCUAGAACCCUCACCCAGUCCCACUCACUGAAGGUACCCAAA